AUGACACAUCAUCAAGCUGCGGCUGCCCAUAUCAUAUUUUUUUGCCGUUCGCAAAUAUUACGUACACUUCCCCACUUCAUGUUCAUGAAAAUGUUCAACCUCUCCUCUUUUCUCAGCUGGAUCAAUCAGAAUACUCAACAGCCUCCUAAGGCCAAGUCCAAGAGAUCUGAGAAUGUUAAAUCUAAGUCAGCCUCAGAGACGGAUACUAAUAAUGCCCCAGCUAAGGUGAAACAAUUCAGAUCAUCUUUGUACAUGAAACUCGACGACUUGUUCAUUUACGAUGGGAGAUGGACAUGA